GCGAGGCAGAGGCGAGGAGAGGCGUGGGAGGCCCCUGUCAGCCCCGCCCCCUUCGCCAGCCUCGACUCCCUCCUCAGUCCGCUCUCUCGACCUCCCCGCUGGGCCAACAUGGCGGCUGCUGUCCGAGCCAUCGGGAGCCUCACGCGCUUCACGGCCGCCGCCAAGUACUGCCCGGCCCGGACCUGCCUCCCAGGUUAUGCCUGUCGAAACCUCAGCACCUCCUCUCCUCUGAACUCUAGAACCCAUGUUAACUAUGACAUCAAAGGAGAUGUUGCCGUUGUGCGUUUCAACUCUCCAAAUUCCAAGGUGAACACUCUCUCCAGGCAGCUGCAAGCAGAGUUCAUAGACAUCAUGAAUGAAAUAUGGGCCAACGACACCAUCGCUAGCGCUGUCCUGAUCUCGGCCAAGCCUGGCUGCUUCAUUGCGGGCGCGGACAUCAACAUGAUUGAGGCCUGCAAAUCCAGCCAAGAAAUAUCUCAACUUUCUCAGGAAGGACAGAAGAUGCUGGAGAACCUUGAAAAAUCACCAAAGCCCAUCGUCGCUGCCAUCAGUGGGUCCUGUCUUGGUGGAGGCCUGGAGGUUGCCAUCGCUUGCCAUUACCGAAUAGCAACCAAAGACAAAAAAACCGUCCUGGGCACGCCGGAGGUGCUGCUGGGUCUGCUGCCAGGGGCCGGAGGCACUCAGAGGCUGCCAAAGAUGGUGGGGCUUCCUACUGCCUUUGACAUGAUGCUGACCGGAAGGAACAUCCGUGCUGACAGAGCAAAAAAGAUGGGGCUGGUGGACCAGCUGGUGGACCCCCUAGGGCCAGGCAUCAAGAGCCCCGAGGAGCGGACGAUCGAAUACCUGGAGGAGGUGGCCAUCACUUUUGCCCGAGGGCUCGCCAACAAGACGAUUUCUCGGAAGAAGGACAAGGGGCUGGUUCAGAAGGUGAUGGACUACGCCAUGGCCUUUCGCUUUGUGCGGCAGCAAGUCUACAAGACGGUGGAGGGGAAAGUACAGAAGCAGACGAAAGGCCUGUACCCGGCUCCCCUCAAGAUCAUUGAGGUUGUGAAGACUGGCCUGGAGCAAGGCAACGAAGGCGGCUACCUUGCGGAAUCCCAGAAAUUUGGGGAACUCGGGAUGACUCCGGAAUCGAAGGCACUGAUCGGGCUGUACCAUGGGCAGGUGCAGUGCAAGAAGAACAAGUUUGGGCAGCCAAAGCAACCCAUCCAGACUCUUGCCAUCCUGGGGGCAGGCCUGAUGGGGGCAGGAAUUGCUCAGGUCUCUGUGGACAAGGGGCUGAAGACCAUCCUGAAGGACACGGCCCUGCAGAGCUUGAGCAGAGGACAGCAGCAGGUCUACAAGGGCUUGAAUGACAAAGUGAAGAAGAAGACUCUGACGUCGUUCGAGAGGGAUGCGACCCUCAGCAACCUGACAGGGCAGCUGGACUACAAGGACUUUGGAAAAGCCGACAUGGUGAUCGAAGCUGUCUUUGAGGACAUCAGCAUCAAGCACAAAGUGCUGAAGGAGGUGGAGGCGCUGGUCCCUCCUCAUUGUAUCUUUGCCAGCAACACAUCUGCGCUCCCCAUCAACCAGAUAGCUGCAGCCAGCAAAAGGCCAGAUAAGGUGAUUGGGAUGCACUACUUCUCUCCCGUCGACAAGAUGCAGCUGCUUGAGAUCAUCACCACCGAGAAGACCUCGCAGGAGACGGCGGCCUCUGCUGUUGCCGUUGGCCUCAAGCAAGGGAAGGUCAUCAUUGUCGUUAAGGACGGACCAGGGUUCUACACAACCAGAUGUCUUGCACCCAUGUUGGCUGAAAUCGUCCGAGUUCUCCAGGAAGGCAAUGAUGCAAAGAAGGUGGACGCCCUUUCCACGGGUUUUGGCUUCCCGGUUGGGGCCGCCACCCUGAUCGAUGAAGUGGGCGUCGAUGUCGCCACGCACGUGGCUGAGGAUCUCGGCAAAGCCUUCGGUGAACGGUUCAAAGGCGGGAAUGUGGAGCUGAUGAAAGCCAUGGUGGGCAAGGGCUUUCUAGGUCGCAAAUCUGGAAAGGGCUUCUAUGUUUACCAGGAAGGGGUAAAGAACCGGAGUGCCAACACUGGCAUGGAUGAAAUCCUGGCGAGGUUCAAAGUGGCCGCCCAGCCAGAAGUCUCCUCAGAGGAAGACAUCCAGAUGCGCUUGGUGGCCAGGUUUGUGAAUGAGGCAGUCCUGACCCUGCAAGAGGGCAUCCUCAGCAACCCCGUGGAGGGGGAUAUUGGGGCUGUGUUCGGGCUGGGUUUCCCGCCAUGCCUGGGAGGUCCCUUCCGGUACGCAGACUACUACGGGGCGCAGCGGCUGGUGGAUCGCAUGAGGAAGUAUGAGGAUGUCUAUGGGAGCCAGUUCACACCAUGUCAGCUGCUGCUUGAUCACGCCAAGGACUCCAGCAAGAAAUUCCACAAGUGAAACUUGCCUGAGCCGCCAUCCCGCUGGCCCCCAGGAGGGGGGUAAGGCCUGCAAGAGAUUCUUCUGCCUGUAGCUCAGGGGGUUGUGGGUGUUAACCCUCCAAGUGCCUUAGCCGCUCAGGCACUGCCUCUCCCUCCGACCCACCCCUUGUGACCAGGCUGCACGUUGGCUUCCCACGAGAAGGGGUUUCUGUUCAGCCGGAGCAUGGGGCCCUGCCCUCCCUAGGCUGGCAGCAGCACGAGUGCUAAAAAUGGCUGUUUCUGGGCCCAGGACAGGCCUGCAGUCAUAAUUCAAACCAAGAGAAUUCCUAACAAUAAAAUCCCAGUGUCUUGUUCUGUAGAUAA